AUGCACUGCAGGUCAUGUAUUGAUAUUUCUCUGUGUAAUGGAUAAACAUUCUUCAGAGACAGACAAGUCCUCCACUGCUAGUGGGUCUGUCAAAUGAUGAUGUACCUGCAGAUAUGGUUGCAGAAGAAUCAGGUCCUGGUGCACAAAAUAGUCCAUACCAACUUCGCAGAAAAACUCUUCUACCUAAAAGAACAGCUUGCCCUACAAAGAACAGUAUGGAGGGUGCCUCCACUUCAGCUACUGAAAACUUUGGUCACCGAGCUAAACGUGCCAGAGUAUCUGGAAAAUCCCAGGAUUUAUCAGCAGCACCUGCAGAACAGUAUCUUCAGGAAAAGUUGCCAGAUGAAGUGGUUCUAAAGAUCUUCUCCUACCUGCUGGAGCAGGAUCUCUGCAGAGCAGCUUGUGUGUGUAAACGCUUCAGUGAGCUGGCUAAUGAUCCAAUUUUGUGGAAAAGACUGUAUAUGGAAGUAUUUGAGUACACACGUCCAAUGAUGCAUCCUGAAGCUGGUAAAUUUUAUCAGAUUAAUCCAGAAGAAUAUGAACAUCCAAAUCCCUGGAAGGAAAGCUUUCAGCAACUGUACAAAGGAGCACAUGUAAAGCCAGGUUUUGCUGAACACUUCUACAGUAAUCCUGCAAGAUAUAAAGGAAGAGAAAAUAUGUUGUAUUAUGAUACCAUUGAGGAUGCUCUUGGUGGAGUUCAGGAAGCUCAUUUUGAUGGACUUAUCUUUGUUCACUCUGGUAUAUAUACUGAUGAAUGGAUAUAUAUUGAAUCUCCAAUCACCAUGAUCGGUGCAGCUCCUGGAAAAGUAGCAGAUAAGGUUAUAAUAGAAAACACUAGAGAUUCCACCUUCGUUUUUAUGGAGGGUUCUGAAGACGCCUAUGUUGGAUAUAUGACAAUCAGGUUCAAUCCUGAUGACAAAUCUGCUCAGCACCACAAUGCACACCACUGCUUAGAGAUCACCGUGAACUGCAGUCCAAUUAUAGAUCACUGUAUUAUUCGAAGUACUUGUACAGUUGGCUCUGCAGUAUGCGUUAGUGGCCAAGGAGCUUGUCCUACUAUUAAACACUGUAACAUCAGCGACUGUGAAAAUGUUGGACUUUAUAUUACAGACCAUGCACAGGGAAUAUAUGAGGACAAUGAGAUCUCCAACAAUGCAUUAGCAGGGAUUUGGGUUAAAAACCACGGAAAUCCCAUUAUCAGGCGGAAUCACAUUCACCAUGGACGUGAUGUUGGCGUUUUCACUUUUGACCAUGGCAUGGGUUAUUUUGAAAGCUGCAACAUCCAUAGGAACAGGAUAGCAGGUUUUGAAGUGAAAGCAUAUGCCAAUCCGACAGUGGUUCGGUGUGAAAUUCAUCAUGGCCAGACUGGAGGCAUCUACGUCCAUGAAAAAGGAAGAGGACAAUUCAUAGAGAACAAAAUCUAUGCAAACAACUUUGCAGGUGUUUGGAUUACCUCAAACAGUGACCCAACAAUAAGGGGCAAUGCAAUUUUUAAUGGGAAUCAAGGUGGUGUUUAUAUCUUCGGUGAUGGAAGAGGCCUUAUUGAAGGAAAUGACAUUUAUGGUAAUGCAUUGGCAGGAAUACAGAUUAGAACAAACAGCUGUCCCAUAGUUCGACACAACAAGAUUCAUGAUGGUCAGCAUGGUGGCAUUUACGUGCAUGAAAAAGGCCAAGGUGUGAUUGAGGAGAACGAAGUUUACAGCAAUACUUUGGCUGGGGUCUGGGUGACAACGGGGAGCACUCCGGUCUUGAGGAGGAACAGAAUACACAGUGGGAAACAGGUUGGAGUUUAUUUCUACGACAAUGGACACGGCGUGUUAGAAGACAACGACAUCUAUAAUCACAUGUACUCAGGGGUUCAGAUAAGAACUGGAAGCAACCCCAAAAUCAGACGCAACAAGAUCUGGGGAGGUCAGAAUGGUGGUAUUCUUGUUUAUAAUUCCGGGCUUGGAUUUAUAGAAGACAAUGAAAUUUUUGAUAAUGCAAUGGCUGGUGUAUGGAUUAAAACAGACAGCAAUCCUACACUAAGAAGAAACAAAAUCCAUGAUGGAAGAGAUGGAGGCAUCUGUAUAUUUAAUGGAGGAAGAGGUCUUCUGGAAGAGAAUGAUAUCUUCAGGAAUGCCCAAGCUGGUGUUCUUAUCAGCACCAACAGCCACCCUGUGCUAAGGAAAAAUCGAAUAUUUGAUGGCUUUGCUGCAGGCAUUGAAAUAACAAAUCACGCUACUGCAACAUUAGAAGGCAAUCAGAUUUUCAACAACCGCUUUGGGGGUUUAUUUCUUGCAUCUGGUGUCAACGUCACGAUGAAAGAUAACAAAAUAAUGAACAAUCAAGAUGCGAUAGAAAAAGCUGUCAGUAGAGGCCAGUGUUUAUAUAAGAUAUCCAGUUACACCAGCUAUCCCAUGCAUGACUUCUACAGAUGUCACACCUGCAACACCACGGACCGUAACGCCAUUUGUGUGAACUGCAUUAAGAAGUGCCAUCAAGGACAUGACGUAGAAUUCAUUAGACAUGAUAGGUUUUUCUGUGACUGUGGUGCUGGAACACUGUCUAAUCCCUGUACACUUGCUGGAGAGCCUACACAUGAUACAGAUACACUAUAUGACUCUGCUCCACCUAUAGAAUCUAAUACAUUGCAGCACAACUGAAUUCCUUUCAGAAAGAAAGUCCUGCCAUUCUAAUAUCAUAACUGUUAAACCUUUUUUUUUGGAGGAAGUUAUACUUGCCCAUUUCUGCAGAAAGAGACUGUAUUAAAGCGGAUGUGUGAGGUGUUGACACUAUGGAGCUCAACCUACCAAAAAAGAAAGUGGCAAUAUGUUGACUCAGGAUAACAGAACUGGGCGUUUUAGCAUUACUGUGUAAACAAAGACUUUGAAGGGACAGAAGUGAAGAAAAAAAA